AUGGUGACUUCAAAAUGGGCUAGUAGAGUGCUAUUAGAAGACAUUAGAGCCAACAAUGAUAUUUCUGGUAAGGCAUUGAAUGCAUUACUAUGGAACAGGUUUAAUGUUCAAAUGGCCACUAGUACAUUGUAUAGAGUUAGAGCUCAAGCCUUAAUUGAGAUAUAUGGUGGCUAUGAUGACUCAUAUUCUUUUUUGCCUAGUUAUUGUGAAAUGAUUAAGAAAACUAACACUGGUUCUAAUGCUAGUUGUGUGUGGAAUCCAAACACUCAUGUUGAUAGGCCUUUGGCUUUUGUCACAAUAUUCAUUUCAUUUAAGCCAUGUUUGGAUGAGUUGAAGAAUAGAAUUAGAGGGUUUAUUAGAGUUGAUGGGACACACUUGAAAGGAAAUUAUGGGGGUGUUCUUCUUUCUGCAGUAGCACUAGAUGGGAACAAUGAGUUGUUCCCAUUUGCUUGGGGGAUUGUUUCUAAUGAAGAUUCGGACACUUGGUGCUUCUUUGUGCAUCAUUUGAGGGAUUUACUUAGGUCAACUGGAAGAGGAGAUAAAUGGUGUAUCAUUUCAGAUCGGCAAAAGGGAAUUGAAAUUGCACUUGACAAGUUGUGGCCAGAAUUAGAUAGGAGAUACUGCACCAAACAUUUAGCUUCCAAUUGGAAGAAAGCAUUUCCUGGUCCAUUAAUGCUCUCUUUAUUUUGGAAAGAGUGUGGUGCGUGUUCUGAGUUCACCUUUAAAAAAGCUAUGGAACAAAUGGAUAAGGUUGGAAAAGGAGGAAGGUUAUGGCUUGCAAAACUAGGCAAUCAAGCUCGGUGGACAAAGCAUAAGUUUAACGUUGCAACAAAGUGUGAUGCAAAUAAGUCCAACUUUGUUGAGAGUUUUAAUGCGACUCUUGGUAUUGACAGAUGUAGACCUGUACUUACACUUUUAGAAGGUAUUCGAAGAAAGACUAUGGUAAGGUUGGCUUCUAGAAGACAGAAGUGUGAGGAGUGGACUAGAACUGACAUUUGUCCAAACAUUGUGCAAAGAGUUCAAAAGUUAUGUCAUGACUCAAGGACCUGCCAUUCAUAUUUGUCUUCCUUUGGUGAAUUUGAGGUGUUUGAGGAUUCUAAGCUUGACCCUCAUGCUUUUGUUGAUGAGUGGUACUCUGUUAAAAGAUACAAGGCAACAUAUUCAAAUGGCAUUAAAUCAAUACCAGAUCAUGAGCAAUGGCCUGAGUUUAAUUUACCAAAAAUAUUGCCACCUAAGCUAAAAAGAGGAAUAGGAAGACCAAGCAGGAACAGGAAGAGAGAUGAAACAGAAGAUAGGAAGGGGAAGAGAGCCAAAACUUUUAGGUGUAGCAAGUGUCAAGAUUUUGGGCAUAAUGCAAAGACUUGCAAAGGAGGAGCUACUGCAAAGCAAAAGUGGGGUUCGAGUAAAAAGAACAUGGAAAAAUCAGAUGCAUCUUCUCAAGGCAUUGAUGUUCCUAAUGUAGCACUCUUGGAGAUUGACAGGCCUAUGGCUUCUCAAAAAUCUGAUCCCGAGUCCAUUAAAAUCAAAAUUUGCAGAACUUUGAAUUUAGUUGAAGAAGAGUUGACAGAAGCAGCAGUUUUUGAAGAGAGAGAAAGUAAAUGUGGUUUUGGAUCUUCUGCGUAA